AUGUCUACUGGUGAUGCUCAUACACAAGAUCAACUUGCUAUUAAUUAUGAUCUUGUUGAUUCAGCGGCAUCUAACCUAAUAUUUAAUCGAUCAACUAUUUCCAAAGCCUCACCUCAACCGAUUAGUAUAGAUUUUCAUGAAGUUUUACCUGAACAAAUUCCUUCCGUCGUCAACGUUAUGAAUAAUGAACAUGUAUUUGUUAAUUCACCAACACAUUCUCCUAUUUUAGGUUCUCGUCCAAAUUCUGCUCAUAAUUAUAUAUAUGAUCAUGAUACACAUCAACAUGAUAGCAUUUAUCCAUCUACUUCACCACCAUACAUUCAACAACUACAUGAAACUUCUACCACAUUACCUGCUAAAGCAACAUCGCCAAUUAACAAUAAUACAUUAACCAGUGCUGCUCAAAUACGUUAUUUACAAGAAGCGUUAUAUAAAUCGAAUGCAGCACUUGAACAUCGCGAUACUGAAAUUAAUAAUCUUCGGAAAGAGAUCCAUGAAAUUCGUGAUUUUCAAUUAAUUUCGGGUAAAACUUCUCCAAAUGCAUCAACAAAUAUUUCACCACGAGCAGUUCAAAAUUCGCAUACGUUUGCAUUUGUUCCAAUUCUUGCUACUGAUAAACCUCAACCAGUCACUCUACCUACAAAUAUAUUUACAUCACCAUUAAUUAUGCCUUUUACUAUGUCGUUAACCAAUACUUUACCUAGUUUCAGUGGUAAAGAAGGUGAAAUGCCAACAAAAUUUAUUACUGAAUUUGAAAUUCGUGCAUCGGGUCUUGUUGGUCAUCAUGAUGAUUAUUUACUUCGUGCAGUUCAACAAUCUUUAUCUGAUACUGCACUUACGUGGUAUAUUCAAAUACAACAAGAACAACUUAUUACUAAUUGGGAACAGUUUAAACAAUUAUUUCUUCGUCGAUUUCGAACUCCAGAAAAAAUUGAAUUAUUGCAUGGUCGAUUACAUACAUUGUAG